AUGGCUUCUCACAUACAAGAUCUACACUUCACUCAUGUGGACAUCCCCAUAACCAUUGAUGCCAUUGAGCCAGUCUUCCCCGCCGGCCCGGUUCCGGUCAGCCCCACUGACCAUCUCUACCUCUCUAACCUCGACGACAUGGUUGGCUCCUGCAUCUUCACCCCGACGGUCUACUUCUAUCCCUGCGACGAUCCGGCCGCGAAAAAAUUGCCGGUCGGAAGAGUCAUGCAUGAUGCGCUUGCUAGGGUUCUUGUUCCAUACUACCCAUUUUCCGGCCGGCUCAGGGACGCCGGAAAUGGCAAGCUAGAGGUUUACUUCCCGGCUGGCAAGAGUGCACUAUUUGUGAAGGCACGUACUAGUAUAACAAUUGAUGAACUGGGUGAGCUCAACGUUCCGAACCCGGCAUGGGCCCAGCUGAUCCACCGGUUUCCGGCGGAGGGUCCCUAUGAGGUCAUAGGCAUGCCUCUAGUCAUAGCCCAGGUAACCUUUUUUGGAUGUGGUGGGUUCAGCCUGGGCUUGCGCCUAUGCCAUUGUCUUUGUGAUGGUGUUGGGGCUAUGCAGUUUGUGAGCGCCUGGGCUCAGGCAGCCAGAGACCCCACCAGCAGCAUCUUGGCUCCUGUUUGGGAUAGAGAAUCAUUGAAGCCUAGGGCACCACCCAGGGUAAGGUACCUCCACCAUGAGUUCGCCCACAUUGAUGACAUCUCUAAUCUUGGCUCAGCCCUGAGCCCAGCUGGGCUCGUCCAGAAAUGCUUCCUCAUUGAUGCCCACUUCCAGGCCCAGCUCAAGCACCGUGUCCAAGCCCGUGGCCAGGCCGACUUCACCACCUUUGAUGCAUUAGCAGCACAUGUAUGGCAGUGCUGGGUCAAAGCGCUGCGUCUGUGCCCUAGGUCCCAGUCGAUGCGUUUGACCGUUUCGGUCAACGCUAGGGACAAGCUCAGUGAUCCACCGCUGAAAAGAGGAUACUAUGGCAAUGUGAUUGGUGUGGCCUGCUCCAAAUGCACAGUAGCUGAGCUAAUUGACCAACCGCUGGAGCAUGUGGCUGGGCUGGUCAGGGCGGCUAGGCUCGCGGUCAAUGAGGAGUACAUACGUUCGAUGAUUGAUUACAUCGAGUUGGUUCGACCCAAGCUCGAGUUCGCCGGAAAGUUGACCAUAACGACAUGGACAAGGUUCUCAUUGUAUGAGGGUGCAGACUUCGGGUGGGGCAAGCCUAGGUACGCUGGACCUGCUGACCUGCUGCCAACGCCACAAUUGUGCUUAUUCUUGCCGGUUCAAGAGGGUGCAUGUCCGAGCCUGAGCCCGGGCUCGGUCAUAGUCUGCAUCUGCUUGCCUAACUGGUCCGUGCCAGAGUUCAAGCAGUGUCUCAUGAUGAACGCAAGCACUGAAGGCGAUGAAGUUGAAUGUCAUCUGCCCUCUUGA